AUGACCUCGACUGUUAUAAAGUAUGUCGGAAGAACAACCGAUUUUAAAGGAAAGACUCUUUGGGAAAUCGUUGGGAGUUUGAAAAAUCAAGGUGUUGGGAGAAUCAUUGUGCGAUCAGUUUUCGAAAGAUACCCAGAGCCUAGUUUUAUGAAGAUUGUUAAAGUUGAAACUUGUCCUGAUGAGGAACGACGUAGAGUUAGAAUAUGGGUUGAGAAAACAUUUAGAGGUCGCAAAAUGCCGAAUUUGACAGAAAUAUAUCGUACAUCUUACAAGCCUGAUUACAAACUUAUCCCUAAGAAUGAGGAGGCCAAACUGCUGGCCAGUGUUAAGGAAGUGCACGACUACCCUGAGGUGAUUCUACCAAGAAAUAUUGAGAUGCCGCCACUAAUGAAGAAAUUUAUUAUCAAGGAUCAUGAAAAGAAAGGACUGGAGGUGAUGACAGACUUUACAAUGCCAAUAGCCUACAACUACAGUCCGAACAGAGUCAAGAGAAUAGCUAAACCUGAUGAAAAGCCAACUGUACAAUUUUCUAUGGGCCUUGGUACACCUGCCAGUCCUUCACUCUAUGAGGGAGUGCCACUAAGUUAA